UGAUUUUGGUAUCUAUCUGGAACAAAACAAAACAUCGUUUAAAAAUUUUACGAAACAUAUAUCAAUUUACCAUUAUAUUAUGCCUACAUCAUUCAAAUUGGCAACAACAACAACAACGUUUCUAGAACAAUCAACAUUAAAUACAAGCUGACUAAAUCAAGAACGAAUGAUAUUUUAUAAUAAUAAAAUUGUGGAUAAUAAAAUACGAUUAGUUGAUGAUUAUAAAGCAGCUAAAUAUCGUAAUUAUCUAACAACAACAACAGCGACAACGGUGACCACCGAACAACAAUCAAUCGAUAAUAAUGAUGAUUACAAGAUUGGUGAUAAUGGUGGCCAUUGGUCAAACGGUAACAAUGGUGGGGAUGGAAACAAAUAUCCCAAAAUACGUGUAUUGAUCUUUUGGAUGCAACGUUCAUCAUCGACAACGGCAGAACAAGAUUUGAAUAAAAUUUUAGAAAAACAAUUGAAAAUUUUCAUCUACAGUAAUUGUGGUAUUGCUGAUAGCCAAAAACAACAUGAUGGUAUUGGUGGCCAGGUUUGGUUGGAAAAAAUUAAACAUUCCAAAUCCAAUUGUCUUUCCACAUAUCAUUAUCGAUAUCGAUUUAUUGUAAACAAUUAUGGCAAUGACGAUACAAUCGAUAUACGAUUGAAAUUCUAUUUGAUACGAUGGCCAGAUUGUUUUGAAUUGAAAUCGCAAUUUUUUUAUGAAGAAUUUGCUAGAAAAUAUUUUCAUCUGACAAAUAUUGCAAUUGGUUUCUAUCAAUAUGGUAAUCUAGAUUCAUUUCAAUAUAUUUCAUCGUGGCUAAAAGGAUUUUAUAAAUUUCAUCGUCAACAACAGAAACAACAACGACGAUCAUCAUCGAUUAUUAUUGAUAAUAUACAAAUCUAUUUGGCUAGAUUUGGUCAUUGUAUUGUCGAAAACGAUAUUGAUUUGAAUGAAAAAAAUUUCAUACAAGAUUAUCAUGUGCGUCUCAUUGAUUGUGGUCAUCAUCAUCAUUAUAAUCAUAAUCGUGGUAGUCGAUCAUCGUCCACGACAUCGAUAAUUUCAUCAAAUUCAUCAUCAUCAUCAUCAUCAUCGAUUUUUUCACGAACAUCUAAACGUUCAUCAUCGUGUAGCAGUAACGAUGAUUGUUGUAAAAACAAUUAUCAUCAUCUACUUGAAUCAUUCAUACGUUGUUUGAUUAAAGUUAAUCUAAAUGAAUAUUUCAAUCUACAAUUGUUAAGCGUAUCAAUACAAGCUGAACGACAACAACAACAACAAAAACAAGAGAAACGAAAAUCAAAAUGGAAACGAAAUCGAACAUCAUCAUCAUCAUCAUCAUGGAUCCUAUUAUUAUUUAUACGUAGUACAAAUAAUAAUCCAAAUAUUAUGAAUGAUGGUGGCCAUACAUUUAUUAAUUGGAUGUCACGCUAUUUUAAAAUUAAAUUGAAAAAAUGGUGGCAUCAUGUAUUCUAAAUGAAAUGAAAAAAAAGAUUCGAUUUGUU